AUGUCGGGUGAGAUCCCAGGAGGGCGGAAUCCAUCAAUGGAGUAUUCACCAGUGGUUAUACGGAAGAAACUCUCUACAGCAGAAGAGAAGCGAAAACAGUUCCGGCACAGUGACAGUGAUAGCGAAUCGGAUAACAGCGACGAUGAAAUAUCACUGGCUAACUCCCAAAUGGAAACAAGUUCUAAAAAGGACCUGGAGAAAACACAAUCAUCUACCAAAUCAACACCUGCCAAAGGUCGUAAACGUCGUAAACAACGACAUGACUGGGAGAUUGUAGAGGGCUUACGGGACGGUCACCGUUGUGAGGAAAAACCAGAAAAGUACCAAGGCUUCAUGCUAAAGCGUAGGCGAUGGCCAAUGAAGGGCUGGCAUAAGCGGUUUUUUAACCUGGACAAGGGAUUCCUUCUGUAUUCAAAGUCCCCGUUAGAUAAUUGGGAAUUAGCACGAACUGUUUCUUCGAUGCAGAAGUGUAAAUACCAUGGUGUGAUAGAUGUCGGCCUUUCUGUAGUGGCGUUCAAAAAACACCAACAUAGGAUAUACAUUGAUGCUGAGGAUAUUGUGUACCAUAUAAAGGUUAAAGAUAAUCGUUUAUUUGAUGAAUGGCUGAAGCGAUUGAAACAUCACAGGUUAUACCGUCAACAUGAAUUAGCUUACGGAACCAAGGACUCUCCAAGGCUAACAGAAAUUACUUCUCCUACCGAAGAGUUGCCUCCCCUUACUGCAUCUUUAAAUUUCCCAGGAAAAGCUCGUGAACAAAAACUAAGUUCUGAGGUUAUCCGCCAGUCUAGUUUUAAGGGACGAGAAUCAUCACAAAGUCGUGUUGCUACAUGGCUUCUAGACACAGCAGGCUUUGAGCAUUGUAAUAAAGAGUUACAUGACACCAGGAAGCUCCUGAAUGACUUGAGAGAGGACCUGGAACAAAUAAAAAACCUGCCAUUAUCAAUGGAUUCCAAUACUGUGUUAGAGGUUGCGGAAUUAGAAUCCCCAGACGCCAGAAAAAAGCUGAAAGGUUUAGCUCUCCGAACAAGUAGAAAAAAGGAUAAGAAAAUAGAAGCUUGUAACAACCACCAUGAUAACAACGAGGUCAGUAACAACCUCCAGAUCAAUGCUGAUAAUAUCAGAACUAGUUGUUCUAAUCCUAAUCUUAUGCAAUAUGAGCUGGAAAAGUCACGACCUCGCAGUGUCCCCGACUACCAAACAGUGUCAAAUCACGAACAACGCAUUAAGGAACUGAAACUGCGGGAAGAUUUUGUGAUGAAGUCAGAUACUGUAUAUUCCUCUCUGAUGUCGCUGUUCCAUAUGAUGGGGACGGAGAGAGACCGACUUAAGAGUGCAAUAGACCUAGAUAAUGGCAUGAUGACUGCUGGCUCGGCUAAUUCCCUGCUUCUGAGGCAAAAUCUCAUAGAGGCUCACCGUACAAUAGCAGAGUUAAAAGCUCGUAUGACCAGGAUUAAUAUUGAGUCAUCUUUAGAUGAGACAAAAACAACAACCACUCCAGCAUCUCCACUUUUGUCACCACUUGAACGAGAGCCAAGAUCUCACGGUUUGUCUCAGUCAUUGUCUGCCGAGAGCUGCUCCAUGUCUGAGUACUAUGAUGCCGAGGAAUACAAAGAGAGUGGCAGUGAAUCAUCUUCAGAGCCAUCUGAUGAUGAGGAGAUAUCUAGUGAAAUAUCAGAAGAAAAUGACACAGAUUACAAUGCUGCCAUAAGUGUGUCAGAAGACCAAUUAUCCGAGACAUUUCAAACCGGCCAUCGAUCCAAACUUCCCGUCCCAAAACCGGACACAGGAGAUGUGAGUCUGUGGAAUCUUCUGUACAAAAAUCUGGGAAAGGAUCUCACCAAAAUCUCUAUGCCAGUUACCCUUAAUGAGCCGCUUAGUAUGCUCCAGAGACUUUGUGAGGAGAUGGAGUACUCUGAACUGGUAGACAAAGCAGUGGAAAUUGAUGACCCUUAUGAACGCAUGUUGUACAUUGCAGCGUUCACUGUGAGUAGUUAUGCUAGUUCUGGAUACCGUGCCGGCCACAAGCCAUUUAACCCACUUCUCGGAGAAACUUAUGAAUGUAUCCGCGAGGACAAGGGCUGGAAGUUUAUUGCAGAACAGGUCAGCCAUCAUCCUCCUAUCUCUGCCUGUUACUGUGAAUCGAAAAACUUCACGUUUUGGCAAGAUGUAAGAAUAAAAACAAAGUUCUGGGGCAAAUCAAUGGAGAUCCAGCCUCUUGGAAUUGUAAACCUCUUCCUGCCAAAAUACAAAGACCAUUACAAAUGGAACAAGGUUACGACCUGUGUCCACAACCUACUGGGUGGCCAGCGGUGGGUGGACCAGUAUGGAGAAAUGCAGAUACGCAAUGGAGAUAUAGUCUGCAAAUUAACCUUCACAAAGGCCAACCAUUGGUCUGGAAAACGUCAUGAGGUGUAUGGACAAAUUCUGAAUCCAGAUGGCAAAGUCAUUCACAACUUGUUUGGCAAGUGGAAUGAAGCAUUGUACUGUGGACAUGCACCCUCUACCAGGUGUAUUUGGCGACCAGGUGCGAUGCCAGAAGACUUUGAGCUGUAUUACGGUUUUACAAGGUUCGCUAUUGAACUUAAUGAGCCUGAGUCUGAAUUGGAGAAGGUACUGCCACCUACAGAUUCACGUUUCCGCCCGGAUCAAAGGUUACUAGAAGAAGGUAAAAUAGCAGAUGCUGAAAAAGAAAAAUCACGAGUCGAGCAAAUGCAACGAGAAAAAAGGAAAAAGCAAAAUGGCUCUAAGACAGAAGCCCUCCCUAAGUGGUUCAGGAAGUACACUGUUUCUGGGAAGGAUUAUUAUGAGUACUUGGGCAAGUAUUGGGAAAUGAGAAAGGAUCCGGGUUUCUCAAAACUGACCUUUCCACAGCUGUGGUGA